UCUGUUAAGGAUCCGUGAAAAUAUUCAUGUAGUCGAACUCCCCAGUUUACUCUGUUCCCAACUCAUCACUCUCACAACAACAUAAUCCCCAGUUUUUGAAAUUUCAAAUCGGUUGGGUUCGGUUUCCAACUUACCCUUCACAAAACCCUACUUUGCUCCGCUCCCUCUCUUCUCGUCACUCAGUAAGUAAAUGGGUUGGAAUCUCCUCUUCUGGCUCGCCAUUUGUUUCCCUUCCAAUAUUGCCCUUCUCGCAUCCACUUUCUACCAGGUUUUGAUUCUAUCUGAUUUGGAAUCUGAUUACAUCAACCCGUUCGACGCGGCAUCGCGGAUUAACUACUUCGUCCUCCCGGAGUUCGUUGGGCAGGGUGCACUGUGUGCCCUCUGCCUCUUCACUGGCCACUGGUUCAUGUUUUUGCUCACUGUUCCUGUUACUUGCUAUCAUCUCAGGCUGUAUGUGAAAAGAGAGCAUCUUAUUGAUGUUACUGAGGUGUUUAGGGUACUUAAUGCCGAGAAGAAAUAUCGGAUAGCCAAACUUGCUUUAUACUUAACAGUUCUCAUUGUUACUAUCUUCAGGAUUCUUGCUGCAGGAAGAGUAAUACUCUACAGUUCCAAGUUUGAAGAAUUAGACAUUCGGUUGAAUCCUAUAGGGUUCUAGGAAAAUUUUGUAAUCCUCCUGAAACAUGCAAUCUACACUGUUCUUUAGUAGAUUAUCUCAUUAGGAAAUUAAUCAUUUCAGAUGCCAUGGUUUUAGUCUUAUAGAGAUUCUUAGAAUCCUGUAAUUACAAUUUCUUGACAAGCCCCUCCGAUAUUUUUUUCCUCUCUAACUCUAAUUCCUUUGGUCUCCAAUAUUGAUUUAAAUGAGUGAAGUUUUGUCAAGUGACCUUGAUUCAUUGAUAUUAAGUUUGGAAAUUUUAAUUGUUU